GCCAAUCAUUGGACUCUUCGGGGGGGGGGCGAGGGGGAUCAGGGGUCAAAGGCCAUGGCGGGUCGACUCCUCCUUUUUUUGCUCGUCUCCGUGACGCUCGGCCACACCCACUACCAGACGGGCCAGCGUCUGAAGCCCCACCCCCAGAGGGACCGGCGUAACAUCCGUCCAAACAUCAUCCUCAUCCUGACGGACGACCAGGACCUGGAGCUGGGGUCGAUGCAGGCCAUGAAUAAAACUCGCCGCAUCAUGGAGGAGGGCGGGACUUCCUUCACCAAUGCCUUUGUGACCACGCCUAUGUGCUGUCCGUCACGCUCCAGUAUGCUGACGGGGAAGUACGUCCACAACCACAACAACAACAAUGAGAACUGCUCCUCGUUGUCAUGGCAACGACAGCACGAGCCACGGACCUUUGGAGUCUACCUCAACAACACGGGAUAUCGAACGGCGUUCUUUGGGAAGUACCUGAAUGAGUAUAACGGUUCCUAUGUUCCGUCUGGAUGGAGGGAGUGGCUAGGUUUGGUGAAGAACAGUCGCUUCUACAACUACACACUGAGUCGCAACGGAGUCCGAGAGAAACAUGGAGCCCAGUAUCCACAGGACUACCUGACGGACCUGAUCACGGCCGAGGCCAUCCGAUACUUCCGCUCGUCCAAGCGGGUCUAUCCUCAUCGGCCGGUCCUGAUGGUUCUGAGCCACGCCGCGCCUCACGGACCCGAGGACUCGGCGCCGCAGUACAGCGGCGCUUUCGCCAACGCAUCGCAGCACAUAACUCCCAGUUAUAACUACGCUCCGAACCCAGACACAUGGAUCAUGCGUUACACCGGACCCAUGAAGCCCAUCCACAUGGAGUUCACCAACGUCCUGCAGAGGAAGCUGCAGACGCUGCUGUCGGUGGACGACAGCAUGGAGAAGCUGUACAACAUGCUGGUGGACAUGGCAGAGCUGGAGAACACCUACAUCAUCUACACGUCUGAUCAUGGAUACCACAUUGGACAGUUUGGUCUGGUUAAAGGGAAAUCCAUGCCGUAUGAGUUUGACAUCAGAGUCCCAUUCUACAUCCGAGGACCCAACGUGGAGCAAGGCAGCAUUAACCCUCACAUGGUCCUGAACAUCGAUCUGGCUCCGACCAUCCUGGACAUCGCCGGCCUGGACACACCCCCAGACAUGGACGGAAAGUCCAUCCUGACUCUGUUGGACACAGACAGACCUGUGAACAGGUUUCAGGUCAAGCGGAAGUUGAAGGUUUGGAGAGACUCGUUCCUGGUGGAGAGAGGGAAGCUGCUGCACCAACGCGUGGAAGGUAAAGAAGUGUCAGAGGAGGACAACGUUCUGCCCAAACACCAACGAGUCAAAGACCUGUGUCAGAGAGACGAGUACCAGACGCCCUGUCAGCAGACGGGACAGAAGUGGCAGUGUGUUGAAGAUGCCACCGGGAAGCUCCGCCUCUUCAAGUGUAAGAAUGAAGGGGGAGGGACAAAGAACUUCCAGAAGGGCGUGUUCAACUGGCAGCGUCCAAUCAGCAUCAAGUCUCAGAUGUACCAGGGCAACUCAGGUGUCUGCGCCUGCGACCUCCGACCCCUGAACCUGCGACCUUCCAUGAUGAGGCCGUUCAACAAGAAGCCUUUCUUCUCCAAGAAGAAGUUCAAAGCCCUGAAGAGUUACUCCAGGAACCGUUACAGUCGCUCCGUCUCCCUGAGCAACCAUUACCCCGGAAACCACAGUGUGGAGGAAGGAGCCUGGGCUCAGCCAAUCAGACCAGAGUCUGAAGAUGAGUUCAGCGGGAUGGGAGAAGAUCCUGAAGUCCUGACUCCGCCCACUUCCAUUAAAGUCACACAGAGAUGCUCCAUUCUGUCCAACGCCACAGUGAAGUGCGAUACUGGAGUCUACCGGUCUCUUCAGGCCUGGAAGGACCACAAACUGCACAUCUACCAUGAGAUCGAGACUCUGCAGACGAAGAUCAAGAAUCUCAGAGAGGUCAGAGGUCACCUGAAGAAGGCCCGCCCCCUCGAGUGUGACUGUAAUAAAUACCUGUACAAGUCCAAACUGAAGAAUAAGUUCAGGUACCGAGGAGGCGGACUGCACCCGUUCAGGAAGGGCGGGGCUCGAGACAAGAAGGCGUGGCUUCUGAAGGAGCAGAAGAGGAGGAAGAAGAUGAGGAAGAUGAUCAAGAGAAUCAGAAACAAUGACACGUGCUCGAUGCCUGGACUCACCUGUUUUACACAUGACCAGCACUGGCACACGCCGCCCUACUGGACACUGGGUUCAUUCUGCGCCUGCACCAGCGCCAAUAACAACACGUACUGGUGUCUGAGGACCAUCAACGACAGCCACAACUUCCUGUUCUGUGAGUUCGCCACCGGGUUCCUGGAGUACUUCGACCUCAACACUGACCCCUACCAGCUGAUGAACGCCGUCAGCUCGUUGGACCGGACCGUCCUCAACCAGCUGCACGUCCAGCUGAUGGAGCUUCGAGGCUGUCGAGGACACAAACAGUGUAAUCCUAGAACACGGUCCGUCGAACUACGAGGGCGGGACCAUGUCAGCUUUGACGACUACAGGCUGUUUGAGAGGAGGAAGUGGCCGAGAGUCAGGAGACCUUCAUCAUCUCGAACCCUGGGUCCGAUCUGGGACGGAUGGAAAGGCUAAGCCUCUGAUUGGCUGGGGCAGGUUCCUGACCCCGCCCACAGCAGGUUGAAGAUGGAGGAGGAAGAGGAGGAGGACGGCGUGGUCAUCAACGUAGCGGUGACAUCGCUUGGCAACCACUCCCCUUGUCUCAGAGAUCAGCCAAUCCGCUUCUGCCACCUCUGUGACAUCGCUAGGCCUGCCCACCCCGCUGCUCAGGGAUGCGCCAGGACGACACCCCCACGCACCUCUGGACCUGCUCCGUCUUCAUCCUCCUCAUCCUCAUCUCGUGGUGGUCAACCUGAGGAAGACCACACAGAUCCUGUCACAGCAUCAGAUCAUCCACACCCUUAACAGCAUCAUCUUCAUCAUCACCCCUCCCUCCACCCCCCCUCGCCCUCCUUCUCACCCCCCACCUCCUCCUCCUCCUCUUCCUCAGACACUGAAAAUGAAUUGAUGCUGUUUUUAUUCCUUUUUAUCUUCUCACUAACUUUAGUGUCGGUUACCACAGUGACCGGCAGUUUACUGACAGAGCUACAGUUGUACUAACCUGCUGACUGACUGCAGUACCCAUAAUGCAACGUGGCAGCCGUGAGAAAAAUGACGACGAGGCUAUUAGAAUAAAGUCCAAGAGGACAGAAACGGUGGACGUCUCUGAACAUGUCAUGAACAUUGUCCAGACCAGGCCUGUGACUCUAUGGGUGUCCUUUAGAGUGUCCAUCCUUUAGACUGUCCAUCCUUUAGUGUGUCUAUCCUUUAGAGUGUCUAUCCUUUAGUGUGCCCAGCCUUUAGUGUGUCCAUCCUUUAGAAUGUCCAUCCUUUAGAGUGUCCAUCCUUUAGUGUGUCCAUCCUUUAGGGUGCCCAGCCUUUAGUGUGUCCAUCCUUUAGAAUGUCCAUCCUUUAGAGUAUCCUCUUCUUUUAGUGUGUCCAUCCUUUAGAAUGUCCAUCCUUUAGUGUGCCCAGCCUUUAGUGUGUCCAUCCUUUAGAAUGUCCAUCCUUUACUGUCCAUCCUUUAGUGUGUCCAUCCUUUAGAAUGUCCAUCCUUUAGUGUGUCCAUCCUUUAGAAUGUCCAUCCUUUAGAGUGUCCAUCCUUUAGUGUGUCCAUCCUUUAGAGUGUCCAUCCUUUAGUGUGUCCAUCCUUUCCUUUUCCGGUGGUUUCCAGUUGAGUUCAGUCUGUUUUCAUGCUGAGUUACUUUAACACCGUCAGAGCGUCCUCAUUCAUCCAACACCCACCGAUAAACAUUCAACAUAAAGAACACGACAACUCUGGAACGUAUGGACGUUAUGAGUCCAGACCAUAGAGGAUGGUUCAAGGACUGAAGGGACAUGUAGGCACCGGCAUUGAACUCAGGGACAACUCCAGACAAUUCAACUCCGGACGAUUUAGCUCCAGACAAUUCAACUUCAGACGAUUCAACUCCAGAUGAUUCAACUCCAGACGAUUCAACUCCGGACAAUUCAGCUCCAGCCGAUUCAAUGCCAUACAAUUCAACUCCAGGCGAUUCAACUCCAGAUGAUUUAACUGCAGACGAUGCAACAGCAAGUGAUUCAACUCCCGAUGAUUCAACACCAAGCAAUUCAACACUUGACAGUUCAACACCAGACAAUUCAACUCCAGACAAUUCAACAUCAGGCAAUACAACUCCUGAUGAUUCAGCUCUAGAUGAUUCAACACCAGGCAAUUGAACACCAGAAGAUUCAACUCCAGACAAUUCAACAUCUGACAGUUCAACUCCAGACAAUUCAACUGCAAACGAUUCAACACCAGACAACUCAACUCCAGAGGAUUCAGGGCUGAUGACGUCUACCCUGAGGUUUUGGUCGUCGUCAGUGAAUCAGGCUGUGGACGCUGUUUUCACUGAAACGUGGAAAAGUCUUUGUUCUCCUCGUCUUUUUCUUUGCUCUGCGUCGUCUCUUCAUAAAUGUCCAGUGUUUUGUCCGACUGCCCUUCCUUUUUCUGGAUGAAGUGUUGAUGUUUUUUUUUUUUUUUGUUUAACAGACUCCGUUUCAAUAGUAACAGACUCUGUUUCAAUGGCCCACCAGUUGAAUUAGUGAGGUUCCGUCCUUUGUACCAAUGAGCAGAAGAACCAGCUUCAGUUGAUCCCUGAGUUGAAACUGGGCCAGCUUCAGCUCAUGGUACAUUUAGUCUGCACUGAUGGAGUGUGGGUUCAGAUGUGAAUGUUUACGCCCUCUGACCCCUGGUACGAUGGCAUCGCCAUAGUAACGGCCUCACGUCUGCCCUUUCUCCUCCUGCAGUUGAACCUUUACCUUUAACCUUGAACAAACCCUCAGUUAUUGAUGAUCAAAUAUCUGCAGGUUAUUGUUGACUGAAUAAACUGAUCAGAAGUGACUUUAUACUGGACCCCCUGGACCUGGACCCACCUGGACCAGGACCUACCUGGACCUGAAUCUAUCUGACCCUUAAUGUAUCUGGACCUGGACCCACCUGGACCUGGAUCCAUCUGGAUCCACCUGGACCUAAACCCUCCUGGACCUAAACCUAUCUGGACCUGAACUCACCUGGACCUGGACCUACCUGGACCAGGACUGACUUGGACCUGUACCUAUCUGAGCCUGAACCCACAUGGACCUGAACCUAUUUGGACCUGGACCCAAAUAGAUCCACCUGGACCUGAAUGUAUCUGGACCUAAACCCACCAGGACCCACCUGGACCUGGACCCACAUGGCCUCAUUUCAACCUUCACCUUUUGGACAUUUACAGUCUGACAUUCCACUUUAAUUCAGAUUUAUUCCAGUUUUUGUUUUUUGUUUUUUUUGUAAUUUUUAUAUGGACUUCUCCUGAAGUGGGUCUGGGGGGCUCAGUUCAAACCUCUCUAAGGACCUUGGUAUCAGAUCCUCAUCCUGAUGGUGGUGGGUGUUACAGUCAUGGCGGUCACUCUCACUAACCGUCCUCUUCUAACGGUGUUAAAUGUUGGAGGUUCUGCAGCCGACCCGUCCAGCAGAACCGGGCCAGUACCUUUAACCCGGCUGUCUUUGCUGUGCGGUGCUGUUUACUGUCUAACACCUGUGUAGAAAAACCUGUGGGGGGGACUGGACUGGAUUUGGAACAGUUUGGGUUCUUUAAAGGUGUCCUUCCACAUAGAAAACAGUCCUUUUAUGGUCAUGUACUGCUCUGUG